GCAAUACCAUAGCUUCUGCCUUGGUACCCCUGGGCGCAACAUCUGUGCGACUGAUUUUACCGCCUAUUUCCCAUUGUCUCUAAAGUCCGUGCGAGCUAUCAAGCCAUGAACCCUUGAAUUGCGGAGGUUCCCACCGAGAGAUGGGCUAUUGAGAUAGAGCUCUUUGUUCGCUACUUAUAUAUACACUUUAUAUGGUAUAGCUUCCAGCUUCGAGAUCGCGUGCUCUAGAAGAAUCGAGCCUGGAACCUUCACUGCUUGAGACAAUGGCUUUGCUCGGGGAAGAUGAUGAUGACAGAGAUCUUGCUGGCUCGCAAGAUGGUAGCUCCGAUAAUGAAAUGGACGACACCCUCCGGGACGCUGAUGAUGGCGGCAACGACAAUGACGAUAACGACAACGACAACGAGAACGACAACGACGCCGACGCCGACGCCGAUCAAGACGCCGAUCAAGAUGCAGAUACCCAGUCCAAUGCCAGUCACGUAUCGGAUAGCGCUGGUGUAGCAACCCAGCCGAAUGCCGAUGUCGAAAUGACCACGACCGGCCCAGUGAACAUUGUCCAUGAUUCGGUUUCUGUGUAUCAUCCGCCAGUCCGGCCCGAAUGUCUCACUGCCUCUACCUAUGAUAUAGUCCCUACGACGGCUGCGCCCCAUAGUACAUCGAUUAAUGCGGUGACUGCGACUGCAGACAUGAGAUGGGUAUUCAGCGGCGGCUCAGAUGGAUAUGUGCGGAAGUUCAAUUGGGUGGAGUCGAUCAAUAGCAAGUUGAUGUUAACUGUAGCGCAACGGCACCCCUUCGUGGACAGCGUGAUCAAGGCGGGCGUGGUAAUGACAUAUUGGGAAAACAUGGACGGUAACACUCUGUCACCGGUAUAUUCUUUGGCUAGCCAUAGUGAAGGGUUGUGGUUAUUGUCCGGCUUAGAGUCCGGUGCCAUUCGCCUACAAUCUAUCCGCCAUGACGAGGGCAAGGAGAUUGCUCUGCUAAAACAGCAUACUUCAGCCGUGUCAGUGUUGAAUCUGACAUCGGAUGAGAAAUCAUUAUUGUCCGGAAGUUGGGAUAAGCGAAUCUUUGACUGGGACCUGAACACGGGCCAGACUAGGCGCUCAUUUGGAUCCAGUGCCAGGCAAAUAUCAGCCAUUGACUUACGGCCUGAAUCUAGUCUUCCAGUCCCUAAGGAUACUGAGACACCGCUUCCUAAUGGGACUUAUUCGUCGAAUUACCAGGCGAGUGGUGGUAAUAGCUUUGACUUCAUGGAUACGUCGAACGACCAAGGCGGUGUUGGCGACACAUCAAACCCGCAGGCGGGCUCACCGGCAGACUCACUUUUCGGUGGAGCGGAUUCGUUGUUCGGGGACGCAGAUGGCACCGCAGGCGAAGGUGCAGGCGCAUCAGGAAAUGCCUUUGGCAUAGAUGAAGAUGAUGAAUUUGGCAAAGCUCUAGCCAAUGGUACCCUCCCCGACGCCGAUGCGCCCGGUGAGCCUGAGCCGUCAGAUCAGCAAAAUGGUGCUCCAGAAGCGCCAGCUCCAGUUGAUACAAGUGCCCAAAUCAAGGAGGAGACCGUGGCGCCUCAGCAACCAGAGACUCGCGAGUCAGAGGCCGCCACUGUCUCGUCGCAGCCUAUUGUGAACGGGCUGCCUCACGCGGAGGAAUUGGAACCUGUCCUCGAGAGCCAAAAUGCCAACCAACAAACAGAGUCCGAUAAGAAUGUUUCCGAUAACACCUUCCUUGCCGCAUCCAUAGACGGCACUAUCCGAGUAUGGGACAGACGACAACCGGACCCUGUUGCUCGCAUAUCGCCUCGCAAUUCCCCACCUUGGUGCAUGAAUGCGUGCUGGUCUCCUGACGGUAAUUAUAUCUACGCCGGCCGUCGAAAUGGAACUGUAGAAGAAUUCAGUCUUCACAAGGGCUUACGAGACCCUGAACGAGUUUUCAAAUUCCCCCAGGGAAGUGGGCCUGUUACGGCUCUCAGGGCGAUGCCUAACGGGCGACAUAUAGUCUGCGCCUCCCAUGAUAUUCUUAGAUUAUACGACCUGAAACACGAGCAAGUCGCUCGUCACUCAACAGUCCCAUUCCUUAUCAUUCCCGGGCAUCGAACAGGCACUGUCUCACAGCUAUACAUCGACCAAGCAUGUCGGUUCAUGGUCUCCACAAGUGGCAAUAGAGGCUGGGAAGGCAGUACCACCGAAGUCUUACUGGGGUACGAGAUCGGUGUUCCUCGGUAGUUGGCUGUGGAUUUGUAUACUAUCUGUAUCUCUGGCAUGCUUCUAUGCGUGUUGCUGGGAUGCUUUGCUGUUUGAUGUAGUUUUGACGCAUAUACCGGCAAUGUGUUAAUGAUAGCGCUGUGUUGAGUCAUGUUGAAGACACGACUGAUGAGUUAUACCAUGAUGUUCUUCCAGGUUCACUAUCUUGUAAAUACUGAAUGAGAUCUAGUAACGUGUACUGGCAUGUAAUUCCGUAUAUGUAGCCAACCGAGGAGAGAAACUAUAAUAAAGAAGAAAAGUACAAUAUGCUACAGUGUCCAUAUGAAACCACGAACACCAACCCGAUAUGUCCAAACCAAACGAUAACCAUGCAAA